AGCAGAAAGCAGCGGGAAUUUAUAAAUGAUACAUAUAAAGACGAACAUUAUUGGGAAAAGCGUCGUAAGAAUAACGACGCUGCGAGACGUUCACGUGAAAAACGACGUUACCAUGACAUGGUGUUAGAAAAUCGGAUUUGUGACCUCAGCAAAGAGAAUAGCGACCUUCGCAGCGAGCUUUCUGCCAUAAAAAGAAAAUUUAAUCUA